GCUGAUCCAAAAUCCGCUUCCAGCACCCAAACAAUUGUCAUUAUCAUUGUUAGCAAGAAACCUAAACUGAUCCAAGAUCAAUGUCCCAAAUACUACGGAACUUCCUCAACACGAAACGAAACUAAACGAAGAGAUAGGUCAUAGCUUAGCCUAAAUCGAAAUUGUGUAAAGUUAUUGUUAAGGGGAAAUUGUGUUUUUGGUGUUUCAUCAGAUUUGUUAAAAAAAGAGGAAGAGUUGCGAGUCCUUGAACCACAGACGAAGGGGAUUUUUUUGGAUGUGUGUAAUGAUUUACAAUAAUCUAACAUAAAUCACAUGCAAGGGUGGGAACCUAAAGGGAACCAACUCUCGCUUGCAUUAUUUCUUUGAAUGUUGUGAAAGCUUAGGUGGAAAUGGAGAGUACCCCGAUUCUAAGCAGCUAUGGGUCUUAUGGCACCGCCAAUCCUGGAUAUGCACCAAUAGCAGAAGGAAGUCCAGCAAUGUUUGCCCCGCCUGUGUGCGACUUCCACGGCCCUAGCGCUCCUCCUGCCAGUAUGUUUGACAGCGUGCCAGGAUAUGAAGGGACGGUGGCCGGGAGCGGAGGUGGGUACCUGCCCCCUCCUAUACCAUCUUACCCAGCCCCUCAGCCUCAGCCUGGUCCCGCACAAUCAAACUGGAAUAUCCCAUCUAUCACCGAAGACACUGCCCGGGAGGCCUUUAGCCAGUAUGCCUCCAGUAAGUGCUGUUACAGUUCAGCACCAGUUAAGGAUGGCGUGAUAACCAACAUGGAGGCAUACAAUACAUAUAGGUAUCGCCUGGAAACCUUUAUUGAGUCAAGAACCACUGAAUGGAGUCAGCAGCCAUACAAUGGUCAGCCAGUGGAUGCCUAUACCCAAUCACCCCCUGGGCCCUGGGAUAUCCUUGCCAAAGCCCCCACCUUUUUUCAGGAUGACAAACAGGUCAUCAAAGUUCCCAACACCUCAUCUGUCAAGAACUGUCAUACUGUUUGGGGAUGGGAGAACUCCCUGCAAGAAUGUGCCGGAGUUGGUAAUAAAAUCUGCUGGGUGUGCAAUGGAGCUGGUAACCGUAGUAGUGGUGAUCGAUGCCAUCAUUGCCAAGGGAGGGGAAGGGUCAAUUGCAGCCAUUGUCAUGGUCAAGGGUCAAGGGAGUGUGAGACCUGUAAAGGCAAACGACAGCUUUUGGUCUUCAUCAACCUCAAGGUUAUAUGGACUAAUAAUCUUGACGACUACAUUGUGGAACAGUCGAGUGGUUUGCAUGUGGUCAACCUGAGCAAGGUGUCCGGGCAGGAAAUGUUUAGGGACGCUCAGUACAUGGUUUACCCAGUGAUGGGGUUCCCAGACCCUAAUGUGGUGCGUGCUGCAGAGCGUUUAGUGAGGGAGCACCAAGCCAGGUUCUCUCAGACCUCACGCAUUCUACAACAGCGCCAGACCAUUGAGUUGAUUCCUAUCACCAAGGUGACCUACAAAUGGAAGGGAGACUCACACAUUUACUUUGUCUAUGGGAAUGAGUUCAAAGUCAGCGCUGAUAACUACCCAGCUACCUGUUGCUGCACAGUAAUGUAACCCAGAUUUGCUUCAGAGGAAGACCUUGCUUUGAUUAUAUUGAAUAUGGCUCUGUGUUCUAAAGAAUGUGAUUAUAAAUGAGUUUAUGGUUGGCAGACUGUCUAUCAGGCAAUUUGCUAUAUCAUUAAACAAAUGCAUGAAUAUUUGUAUUUUCUACUUGCAAACAAACACACUUUUUGUGAACUAGACAUGGAUGUAAUACAAUUUCCACUGGAGUCAUUGGGGACCACACAGGCCCUAGGAUGAACCUACUCGGCACACACACUGGUUGAAUCAAUGUUGUUUCCACAUAUUUUCAAUGAAAUUGAACCAACGUGGAAUAAACAUUGAAUUGACGUCUGUGCCCAGUGGGAAAAAGUGAAGAUGGAAGGCUGGCUGUAAUGUAUAAUGUACUGAAACCUAUGCACCUAACCUAUGCGAUAGUUCUGUCAUUUGUGAACAUGUCUGCUAAUUUGUACUCUUUUUUUAUGAUUGUAUACAACAACUAUCUGUGUGAUUGAUGUUCAAUGGAUGGCUGAAUAUCAUUUCCAUUGUAUGUUAUACUAUUUUCUUAUAGAUAUAUCACCUUACAAAACAGAAAUAUGAACAUUGAUACAAUUUAAUGAAAUAACCACAUUUGGGGAAUAACCGGACAUAUCUUGAGGGUGUUUUCUAAUCCAUUAAUAUUUGUUGAAUAAAUAAAGGAUUUCAUACUGUG